AUGAGAAAACUACCCACAUCAGAUAAAGAUACUAAUUUAUCAUUUACAAAGAUAAUGCAGGGCCCAACAGAACCAUACACACAAUUCUUAGAUCAGCUGCAAUCUGCCCUAGAUAGGCAGAUUGAAAACGAGGAAGCCAGAGAAAUACUUAGCAGGCAACUGGCUUUUGAGAAUGCGAACCCUGACUGUAAAAGAGUUCUACAGACCCUUCCCAAAAGGGACACAUGUAGCAUUUCAGAACUGCCAGGUUUUUCAAUAGGGGCCAUUGGUCAGCCAUCCCAAACACCGAUCAAGCUAGUCUGGAAAAGUGACCAGCCGGUCUGGGUAGAUCAAUGGCCUAUGAAAAGGGAAUGGCUUGAACAUUUAAAAAAGCUUGUAAAAGAACAAUUAGAAGCAGGACAUAUCGUGCCAACAAACAGUCCCUGGAAUACUCCUGUGUUUUGCAUUCCCAAAAAGAGUGGCAAAUGGAGGAUGCUACAGGACCUCAGGGCAGUAAAUGCAGUCAUAGAAUCAAUGGGAACAUUGCAACCAGGGUUGCCCUCACCCGCUAUGCGCCCAGCAAAUUGGCCACUAAUAAUAAUUGAUUUAAAGGACUGGUUUUUUACCAUCUUCCUACACCCCGAGGAUGUGCCAAGGUUUACCUUUUCCAUCCCAGCCUUGAACAAUGCACAGCCUAUGCAAAGGUAUCCCUGGGUUGUCCUUCCUCAGGGGAUGAAAAAUAGUCCUACAAUAUGUCAAACAGUAGUGGCAAACGCUAUCCACCCCAUCAGAAAUCAUUUUCCCUCUGCAAUAAUCUACCAAUACAUGGAUGAUAUUUUAAUUAGUAUGGCCACAGAACAUGCACUGCAAAUUGUUGUUACUACUCUGACUGAUGCUGUCCAAGAAGCAGGGUUGCAGGUUGCGCCAGAGAAAAUCCAGCGAUCACAGCCCUGGACUUAUCUUGGAUGGAGAGUUACACAGCAAGAAAUUUCCCCACAGCCACUGCAGCUUGAAGUAAAAGACACUUUAAUCUUACAUGAGUUGCAAAAGCUCCUGGGAGCCAUUAAUUGGUUAAGGCCUAUUCUAGGCUUAACCACAGAAGAGCUACACCCUCUGUUUGUGCUGCUAAAGGGGGACUCUGACCUAACGUCUAACAGGUCUCUGACAGCAGAGGCAAAACAGGCAUUAGACAUUUGUGCCAAGGGGAUAGAAAAUAGGCAGGGCAGAGGGAGAAAUCCUGAACUGCAAAUCUGCCCAGCCUUAGUUCCCAACAGGGUUAGUCUCAUGUCUAGAAUGUUCGUUUCUCCAAGAUNUCCUCAUCUCUUGUUUGAAAUGCGUUCUAUUUGGGUUCUUGUCAAUCACAGAAAGUUUGAUUUUUACAUAAUGCACACCAGAUCUCACACUGACAUGCCAGGGCCAGUAGCUGACGGGAACCAGGAGGCUGACAAAGCAGCAAUGUUUAACACAGUACCCAGGGUCCUAGAACAAGCAAAAUUGUCCCAUUCAUUUUUUCAUCAGAAUACACACUCUCUAAAGAGACAAUUCAAAAUAAUGAUUAAUCAGGCUCGAAACAUCAUCUUGACUUGUCCAGAUUGUCAGAAAAUCACACCCAUGCCAUCUCAGGAAGGCGUUAACCCCAGAAGGUUAAUGGCAAAUGAGAUCUGGCAAACAGAUAUCACACACAUCUCCGAAUUUGGCACAUUAAGAUAUGUACAUGUAACUGUAGACACACAUUCACAAUACAUAACUGCUACAUCACACAAAGGUGAGCAAGCCAAGGAUGUAGUGAGACACUGGCUCAGUUGUUUUGCUACCCUUGGUACCCCAAAACAAAUGAAAACCGAUAACGGACCAGCAUACAUCUCAGAAAAGGUAAGAAAUUUCCUGUCAGAGUGGGGAAUUUCACAUGUCACAGGAAUCCCACACUCACCUACCGGACAGGCAAUUGUAGAAAGGGCACACCGCACACUGAAAGAAAUGUUAGCUAGACAAAAAAAGGGGGAGAAUCUGUAUAGUCCACAAGAACGUCUGUGGAAAGCCACAUAUGUUAUCAAUUUUUUAAAUUGUGACAGUGCUGAAAGAAGCAGAUAUGAGAAGCAGCACAAAUCUCAGGCAUUUGCCUCUCCCAAGCCACUAGUCAUGGUAAAGGAUUUGAUUUCGGGACAAUGGGCAGGACCUUUAGACCUUAUGACCUGGAGGAGAGGUUAUGCCUGCGUAGCUACAGGAAAAGAACUGAAGUGGAUUCCCUCCAGGUGUGUAAAAUCCUAUAUAGGUACACAAUCACAGCAGCAGGAACCAGAUAACGCAGAAGUUUAA